AUGUCGAAACCAAAGUUUGCCAUUUUAGACGAUUAUCAGGGUAUUGCUCCCCCAUACUUUGCCCACCUCGAGUCCCGCGUCGACAUCACCAGCUUCCCCGAGACCCUUGAUCCCCGCGAUCCUGCCCAACACGAUGCUCUCGUAGAGCGCCUCCAGCCAUUCGACGCCAUCCUCGCCAUGCGCGAACGGACCCCUUUCGCCGCAAAGACAAUCAAAUCCCUUCCCAAUUUGAAGGUCUGCUUCACAACUGGCACCCGGAACCUCUCGCUCGAUUUACAGGCCUUCGCUGAACAAGGCAUUCCCGUCGCGGGUACCGAGGGCCGCCCGCCUGGCGUAAACAGUACAGUGCAACAUACCUGGGCAUUAAUUCUUGCCGCAGCGAGGAAUGUCGCGCGGGAUGAUGCAGCAGUCAAACGGGGCGCCUGGCAGGGAUCUCUCGGAUUCACUCUCUCCGGCAAGAAACUCGGCCUGUUGGGUCUAGGCAAACUAGGUUCGCAGGUGGGCAAGAUCGGCAUCCAGUCUUUCGGCGUUGAGGUGAUUGCCUGGUCGACCAAUCUGACUCAGGAGAAAGCGGAUGAACAAGCUAAGGCGCAGGGUCUCCCUGCGGGUAGUUUCGUGGUGGCCUCAUCUAAGAGCGAGUUCUUUGCACAGGCCGAUAUCGUCAGUGUACACAAUGUGCUUUCUGAUCGCAGUCGUGGCAUUGUGGGUGCUGCUGAGCUGGCGACUAUGAAGCCCACUGCUGUGAUUAUCAAUACUUCUCGUGGCCCACUGAUUGACGAGACUGCACUACUGGCUGCCUUGAACGCGGGAAAGAUUCGCACCGCUGCAUUGGAUGUCUUUGAUCCGGAGCCAUUGCCUUUGGAUAGUCCUUGGCGCACUACAGCUUGGGGUCAAGAUGGGCGUAGCGACGUCAUUCUUACCCCACACAUGGGAUAUGGAGAGGAGGAUCUUCUACGUAGAUGGUAUAAGGAAGUAGCAGAGAACUUAGAGCGAUGGUUAAACGGGGAAGCACUACUACGAAAGAUGAAUUGA